CAGCAAGUUUCUGUCUCAUGGCGGCGAACAACGCAGACGUCCUGGCGAGCGAACGGUGCCGCAGUCCUGCCACGCUGGCGAUCGAGAUGUCCGAGGUGUUUACCCAUGGAAGCCAAGCUAGUCGCGAGACGUACAUGCGACUUUGUAAACUGCUGGAAGCCCAUCUUUCGUUCGAGGAUGCGCAGAAGAUGCUAAGCGAAUCCAUUGAGAACCAACGUGUGCUAGCUCUGCGGCUCGCGUGUCUUGUGGAGAAGCUAAUUUUGAUGCACCGUUUGAGUAACACAGACGCCGAAGUACUUCGCGUCAUUUCCCAGGAUCUCACGGGGUACGCGACUCCCACGUUGCUGCAUCAUGCGAUGUUUACCAAGAACCUUGCGAGCAUUUUCACGCCGGAACAGGUAGCAGCGUGGGGAACGCCCAUCGAUUCGUUCCAAUGGCUUGGGUGCUACGCCCAAACUGAGCUCGGCCAUGGGUCGAAUCUCCGAUCUCUUGAGACGACAGCGACGUUCCUCCCGGACGUCGACGAAUUCGAACUCCACUCGCCGACUCUGACGUCGAUCAAGUACUGGCCGGGGGCGUUGGCAAGCACAGCCAACAUGGCCGUCGUGUACGCACGGCUUUUGAUCCACGGGACGGACCACGGUGUCCAUAGCUUCCUACUGCAGCUGCGCGACUUCACCACGCACAAGCCUCUCCCUGGCAUCACGGUCGGUCACAUCGGCAGUACGUCACAUCUGCCAUUCCAUUCGUGGGCUCUACGAGUGGAGUCGCACGGCUCCGUUGGUUUUCGUUGGUUGCGUGACCAAUGUCCAUCUCGAGCAUUUUUGCGAUCCAUCUAAAUGACGUUGCUCGUAUGCGGUGGAGAGAUGUGUGGAUUUUUCAACGCGUGUACUCAUUCUCGUUGUUUUCGUCGUCGACAACAGACAAGCUCGCGUUCAACACUGUGGACAACGGGUAUUUGAAGCUCGAUCGCGUUCGCAUUCCUCGCGCGAACAUGGCGAUGAAGUUUUCGACGGUGGCGCGAGAUGGCACGUACUCCCGAGCGGAUGGGGCGAAGCGCGAAUUGUCGUAUUUUACGAUGCUGCAGAUGCGGUUUCACAUGGUGCAUGGCAGCGCCAAGACGCUGUCCAAGGCCGCUACCAUCGCCGUGCGCUAUUCGGCCAUUCGGCUGCAAGGAUUGUCGGCCACAGCGCCCCACGGUGAAGUCCGUGUGCUCGACUACCAAUCGCAACAACACCGCGUGCUCCCUCGCGUGGCCGAGAGCUUUGCCAUUUUUGCGACGAGCCACGUGUACAAUGCGUUCUGCACUCAAGCCACCGCCAUGGUCGACACGUCCCCCGACUCGAUCGACGCCACGUCCCUCGCGAUGGCCCAUGCCAUCAGUUGCGCGCUCAAGGUCGCGGCCAGUGAGUUGUGCACACGCGGCAUUGAAAUCUGCCGCCGAGCGUGUGGCGGCCACGGAUACCUGCAAUCGAGUGGUCUUCCGGAGUUGGGUGGCUUCGCGGCCCAGUUCGUGACGGCGGAAGGUGAAAACUACGUCAUAUCUCAGCAAACGACGCGCACGUUGCUCAAAUUGGUCGGUGCCUACCGCAUGGGUGUUGCGCUGCCGCCAUCGCUUGAGAUUUUUCAUGCCCUCGACGGUCCCUUGCCAAAGUUGAGUGCGACCGACUACGAAGCGCUCUUCCGCUAUCGCUUCCUGUCGCUGCUUCACCAAUUCGACGCGACUGCCGCAGCCUACCCGUCACCCGACGUUGCGAUUCAGACCAACUUGAUCGAGUCCCACCACCUCGCUCUCUGCUACGGCAAGUACGUCCUCGUCCACGAAUUCGCGGCGGCGGUCGAGUCACUGUCGCGCGCGACCAAGCCCAUUGCCGUCGCCCUCUUUGAGCUAUUUUGCGUGACCCAAUUGCAGGAGGACUUGGGCGACUUCAUGGCGCUCGUUCAGUUGCCGACGUCGGCACGCGCGUCCCUGCACGCCCGCCUGACGCACCUGUUGGACGCUGUGCGACCCCACGCCGUGGCGCUAGUCGAUGCUUUCGACCACUCGGACGUGAGUUUGAACUCGACGUUGGGACGUGCCGAUGGAAACGUGUACGAUGCCUUGAUGCAGUCGAGUCUCCUCUACGCGUCGGACGCCGUUCCUGGUUUCACCGAGUACCUCCAGCCGCUGCGCCGCCUUCACGCGUCGUCGCGGUUGUAGACGGCAUGCGUUCUUUCGACAUGCAUCCGUUAAACGAAACCAAUCGACUUGGUCUCGCUGUGUUUGGGAGCCGACGGAGUCGACUCCUGCCCAGGUCAGUUGGUGGGGGCAUCAAUCGC